CGACAAAGCAUCGUGUUUGUCAUCAGACUCAAUACAUACCAUACGCUUAAUCUUAGUAUAAUAGAACAGACCGUGAACGGUUUUAGCCUGCAUUCUGAUUUAGCUUGUCUCUAUGGCCCGGGCGUGGGAUACUUCUCGAGCUGCUUGGUUGUAUCCUCUUCGCGGUGUUUAUUAUUUCGCAUCGCAUCGCUUCCUUUGGCCUUUAUUCAAGACUCGUUUAAUAACGAUUAUUCUGCUGUCGACGUUCAUUUACGUGCUUUUGUUCCUCUUUACCUACCUGCCCCAGGUCGCUUUUCUCUCUAUCUUUCAAGGUGCUGGUGCUUGGAUUAAUGGGGCGUUCCUAGUUCUAGAAGAAGGAGCUGCAAUUGUGGCUGUUCUCUUCGAGGCGUUCUUUGUCGAUGAAACGCUGGUGGAUAUCUUUGAUGCCGUAUUAGUGAACGAGGGCCAUGGCGAGCUGGUCACGACCUCCCGGGUCCUAUAUCCGCAAGGUGACGAUGUCGUCAAACGGCUGGGUAAGCCGACCCAUAGCGCUGUCUAUGCGCCAUUCUCUCUGCGACAAAUCGUGGAGUUCGUUGUCCUUCUCCCUCUAAACUUUAUCCCUGUGGCCGGUACGCCCCUGUUUCUCAUCCUCACUGGUUAUCGAGCGGGUCCGUUUUACCACUGGCGGUACUUCCAAUUGUUAGACCUUUCGAAGCAGCAGAGAAAAGAAAAGAUCCGCCGCCGCCAGUUGCAGUAUACUACAUUUGGAACGGUUGCUAUGUUCCUUCAGCUGGUCCCGCCUUUGUCCAUGUUUUUUCUGAUGUCGACAGCCGUUGGUUCGGCGCUUUGGGCGGUGGAUCUUGAGAAAAGACGCAAUCUGAUAGGGAGGCAACGGUCCGAUGAAGUGGACGAUUAUCAUGACGAAGAGACGAUGUAGUUUUCUGUUUUUCUUUUUCUUAAGUGUUUAAAUUUUCCUUCCUUUUCUAUUAUUAUUCUUGUUAUUUUUCUUUUCUUGACUUUUUGGAGUGUCCCAUCC